AUGUGUCAUACACAUAGGAGGUUUACUGAAUCCAGAAAAGUUAUAUUAAGUGCAUCUAUAAGAGUGAGCACUCUAUCUAUUACUAUAACACCUGGCAAAGAAAGAAUAAAAAGUGGUAUUAAAACUAAUAAUACCUAUGAUACUCAGCAAAGGCAUUUUGAACUUAUUUGUCUUAUAGGUGCAAUUCAUAAGAAUAACAGAAGAAUACUGACGAGUAAGGAUUACAGAUUCAUUGUGUAUAAAGAAAAGUCGUUGUCAUUCUUGCAACAGUUUUCAACUGUUGCUCUGAAAGUUGACGAGCAAUCAGAUGUCCUGACAGAUUAUUAUCGAAAUUAUGAUUGUAACUGUCAUUGUGAACUUCCAGAUGCCAUUGACUAUUACGUCAAGUAG